AUGGCUUGCAACAGUACUCCCAUUGAGACUUAUGAUUCCCUCUUGCUGAAUAUGAGCAGCCUGUCCCCAGCAUCCAGAUCUGUGGUUUUCUCCACCCCACUCAGGGUUUUGUUGGCACUAGUCAUGAUGCUGAUGAUUGCCGUUGGAUUCCUCGGCAAUGCCAUCGUCUGCCUCAUCGUAUACCAGAAGCCCGCCAUGCGCUCAGCUAUCAAUCUGCUCCUGGCGACGUUGGCCUUUUCUGAUAUCAUGCUGUCCUUGUGCUGUAUGCCUUUCACCGCAGUCACCAUGAUCACUGUGAACUGGCACUUUGGUGCCUACUUCUGCCGUUUUUCAGCCAUGCUCUAUUGGUUUUUUGUCUUGGAAGGUGUUGCCAUCCUCCUAAUCAUCAGUGUAGACCGCUUCCUCAUUAUCGUCCAGCGCCAAGACAAACUGAAUCCCCGAAGGGCCAAGGUGAUGAUUGCAGUCUCCUGGGCUCUGUCAUUCUGUAUUUCAUUUCCCUCCCUGGUGGGCUGGACUUUUAUGGAAGUGCCCACCCGGGCCCCUCAGUGUGUGCUGGGUUACACAGAGUUUCCAGCAGAUAGGGCUUAUGCUGUGGUACUGGUGGUGACGGUUUUCUUUGUACCAUUCAGUAUCAUGCUCUAUUCCUACCUAUGCAUCCUGAACACUGUGCGCAGGAACGCCAUCAAGGUCCAUACCCACAAUGAGGGUCUCUCCCUGGGCCAGGGGAGCAAACUAGGGCUGAUGGGUCUCCAGCGGCCACAUCCGCUGAAUAUCGACAUAAGCUUCAAAACGAGGGCUUUCUCCACUAUCUUGAUCCUCUUCAUUGGCUUCUCCUUCUGUUGGCUGCCUCAUACCAUAUUCAGCCUCCUAUCUGUGUUCAGCCGGAAGUUUUACUACAGCUCUUCCUUCUAUGUCACCAGUACCUACAUUCUGUGGCUUAGUUACCUCAAGUCUGUCUUCAACCCUGUCAUCUACUGCUGGAGAAUCAAGAAAUUCCGUCAAGCUUGCUUGGAGUUUCUACCCAAAACAUUCAAGAUCUUCCCCAAAGUGCCUGGACGGUCAAGGAGGAGAAUCCACCCGAGCACUAUCUAUGUUUGCACUGAGCGUCAGUCAGCAGUUUAG